AUGCCAGUUAAAGAGCGUUUAGAGACUAUAAAACGUCAUCUUGCUGCUGGAAAUGUGGAACAUCCAGAUCCUACAAAGAGUUCCAUUCCUAAACACAGACAAGAAUUACUGAAGUGGAAUGGAUGGGGAUAUAAGGAUUCAAAGUUUUUGAUACAGAAUAAAGAUAGUGAAAUAGCUUUCUCUGGUGAUAGAUAUCCAAUUGGAAAUAAAACACUUCCAAAUUUUAAAGCAUGGGUAGAAAAUACAUUUGGAUUAGACUUGAGCAAAAAGUUUUCAGCACAGGCUGAAAUAAGAAAUGAAGAUAUUCCACAAUCCAUUCUAAAUGACAAAUUUAUGGAGGCUUUUCAACAAAUGAAAAUUGAUUAUUCGUUGGAUCCUCAAGAUCGUCUCUUUAGAGCACAUGGACAUACCAUGAGGGAGAUAUUUAUCUUACGUGAAGGAAUUUUUGAACGAGUUCCAGACAUUGUCAUAUGGCCGAAAUGCCACAAUGAUGUUUCAAACAUUGUGAUGUGUGCAAAGGAGAAUAAUGUUGUCAUAAUACCAUUUGGAGGUGGCACAAGUGUUUCUGGAGCUGUAGAAUGUCCUUCUCAUGAAAAGCGUAUGAUCAUAUCAUUAGAUACAUCUCAAAUGAACAAAAUCCUAUGGGUCAACAAGGAUAAUAAUACUGCUCUUGUUGAAGCUGGAAUUAUUGGACAAGAUUUAGAAAGAGAAUUAUCAAAAUUUGGUUUGUGCACUGGUCAUGAACCUGAUUCUUAUGAAUUUAGUUCUCUUGGAGGGUGGGUUGCAACAAGAGCAUCUGGUAUGAAGAAAAACAUUUAUGGAAACAUAGAAGAUAUGUUGGUACACAUCAGAAUGGUCACUCCCUCUGGUGAAAUACAAAAAAAUUGCCAGGUUCCAAGAAUUUCUAGUGGACCUGAUAUUCAUCAGUUCAUUCUUGGAUCUGAAGGAACUUUAGGUGUUGUGACAGAAGUAGUCAUCAGAGUGAGGCCUGUUCCCCCUUGUACAAAAUAUGGAUCAAUAGUUUUUCCUAGCUUCGAGCCUGGUGUUGCAUGUUUACAGGAAGUUGUGAGACAGCAACUAAAGCCUGCAUCUAUUAGACUGAUGGACAACGAGCAAUUUACGUUUGGUCAUGCCUUGAAACCACAGUCUGCAUCUGUUAUGGCUACUUUAUUUGAUCAUUUAAAGAAGCUUUACAUAACUCAAAUAAAAGGUUUUGAUGUCCAUAAAAUGUGUGUUGCAACUCUUCUCUUAGAAGGAAAAAAAGAAGAUGUUGAAGCUCUUGAAAAACGUAUCUAUAAUAUAGCUGCUAAAUUUGGAGGUGUUGCUGCUGGUGAAGAUAAUGGGAAAAGAGGAUACAUGUUGACUUUCGUAAUAGCUUAUAUCAGGGAUCUUGGGCUUGACUAUGGUGUGGUUUCAGAAUCGUUUGAAACAUCUGUUCCAUGGGACAGAGUGACAGAUUUAUGUAGAAAUGUAAAAGACAGAAUACAAAGGGAAGUUCGUGGCCAUGGAAUUCAGUUCCCAGCAUUUGCAUCUUGUCGUGUGACACAGUCAUAUGAUGUCGGAGCAUGCGUGUAUUUUUAUUUUGCAUUUAAUUAUCAAGGUGUUUCUGACCCAGUUCAUACCUAUGAAAGUAUUGAGGCUGCUGCUCGUGAUGAAAUCAUUUCUAGUGGUGGAAGCAUCUCUCACCAUCAUGGUGUUGGCAAACUGCGUAAGCGUUGGAUGAGACAGACAGUAUCAAGUGUUGGUGUUCAGAUGUUGCAAGCAGUCAAGGAAAGAGUGGAUCCUCUCAAUAUUUUCGCCAAUGGGAACUUGAUUGAUAAUUAA